AUGACCGAGAAGGAGGUGACAAUGGAGGAAUUGGAUGAAACGGUUAAGUGCACUGAUCAGCAGUUGGACAUGAUGGAGUGGAAGAUGGACAAUGUGGAGAAACAGUUGGCAGAGCCCAUAAAUAAUCAAGAAGUGUGCGUCAUGAAUUUGCUGAAAUCUGUAUCAGAGGUGCGCUCAGAUUAUCAGCAGCUGCGACGGGAACUGAUGGAGGUGCAGGCGCUCCAACGCGAGCUGUCUUCACGUCUACGUACCCAGCUGCGGCUCGUGCACUGCAAGUUCGCGCGUCUGCGACAGCGCAUCGCUGCGGCCUCACCGCCGCGUUAA